CUCCUGGUUCGGGCCGCAGCGAGCGGGCUGUGGUGGCGGGAGGGGUGGGGGUCCCCGCGAGUUGAGCAGCGGGCCUCUCCUGUGCGGAUCAGGCCGCCGGAGUCUCUCUUCUUCCUUCCUUCCUAAGCGUUCGCUCUAGGAGUGCGAGGAUGUCCAAGCGGCACCGUUUGGACCUUGGGGAGGAUUACCCCUCCGGCAAGAAGCGUGCGGGGACCGAUGGGAAAGACCGGGAUAGAGAUCGUGAUAGAGAAGACCGAUCUAAAGAUCGUGACCGAGAACGCGAUAGAGGAGAUAGAGAGCGGGAGAGGGAAAAAGAGAAAGAAAAGGAAUUGAGAGCUUCCACCAAUGCUAUGCUUAUCAGUGCUGGAUUGCCGCCUUUAAAAGCUUCUCAUUCCGCUCAUUCAACCCACUCAGCUCAUUCAACACAUUCUACACAUUCUGCCCAUUCAACACACACCGGACAUGCAGGACACACAUCACUUCCACAGUGCAUUAAUCCAUUUACCAACCUGCCCCAUACGCCUCGAUAUUAUGAUAUUCUAAAGAAACGGCUUCAGCUCCCUGUUUGGGAAUACAAGGAUAGGUUUACAGAUAUUCUUGUUAGACAUCAGUCAUUCGUACUUGUUGGUGAGACUGGGUCUGGUAAGACAACACAGAUACCACAGUGGUGUGUGGAGUAUAUGCGAUCAUUGCCAGGACCCAAAAGAGGAGUUGCCUGUACACAGCCCAGAAGAGUGGCUGCAAUGAGUGUGGCUCAGAGAGUUGCUGAUGAAAUGGAUGUGAUGUUAGGCCAGGAAGUUGGAUACUCCAUUCGAUUUGAAGACUGCAGUAGUGCAAAAACCAUUCUUAAGUAUAUGACUGAUGGGAUGCUACUUCGUGAAGCCAUGAAUGAUCCCCUCCUGGAGCGUUAUGGUGUGAUAAUUCUUGAUGAGGCUCAUGAAAGAACAUUAGCUACAGACAUUCUCAUGGGUGUUUUGAAGGAAGUUGUAAGACAAAGAUCAGAUUUAAAGGUUAUAGUUAUGAGUGCUACCCUAGAUGCUGGGAAAUUCCAGAUUUACUUUGACAACUGUCCUCUCUUAACUAUUCCUGGCCGAACACAUCCUGUUGAGAUUUUUUAUACUCCUGAACCAGAGAGAGAUUAUCUUGAAGCAGCAAUUCGAACAGUGAUCCAGAUACAUAUGUGUGAAGAGGAGGAAGGAGACCUUCUUCUUUUCUUGACUGGUCAAGAGGAAAUUGAUGAGGCCUGUAAGAGAAUAAAGCGUGAAGUUGAUGAUUUGGGCCCCGAAGUUGGAGAUAUUAAAAUCAUUCCAUUGUAUUCUACACUUCCACCCCAGCAGCAGCAACGCAUUUUUGAGCCACCACCUCCAAAAAAACAGAAUGGAGCAAUUGGAAGAAAGGUGGUUGUGUCAACUAACAUUGCAGAGACCUCUUUGACAAUAGAUGGUGUGGUGUUUGUGAUUGACCCUGGAUUUGCAAAGCAAAAGGUAUAUAAUCCUAGAAUCAGAGUUGAGUCUCUCUUGGUGACGGCAAUUAGUAAAGCUUCAGCUCAGCAAAGGGCCGGUCGAGCUGGACGCACCAGACCUGGGAAAUGCUUUCGACUUUACACAGAGAAAGCUUAUAAAACAGAAAUGCAGGAUAACACCUAUCCUGAGAUUUUGCGCUCUAAUUUAGGAUCAGUUGUAUUACAAUUGAAGAAGCUUGGUAUUGAUGAUUUGGUACAUUUUGAUUUUAUGGACCCACCAGCUCCUGAAACUCUGAUGAGAGCCCUAGAACUUCUGAAUUACUUGGCUGCUUUAAAUGAUGAUGGAGAUCUAACUGAAUUGGGAUCCAUGAUGGCAGAGUUUCCUCUAGAUCCACAGCUCGCUAAAAUGGUUAUUGCAAGUUGUGACUACAACUGUUCUAAUGAGGUCCUAUCUAUUACUGCUAUGCUGUCAGUCCCACAGUGUUUUGUUCGCCCCACGGAGGCCAAGAAAGCUGCAGAUGAGGCCAAGAUGAGAUUUGCCCACAUAGAUGGAGAUCAUCUGACACUGCUGAAUGUCUACCACGCUUUUAAACAAAAUCAUGAAUCUGUUCAGUGGUGUUAUGACAACUUCAUUAACUACCGGUCGCUGAUGUCUGCAGACAAUGUACGCCAGCAGCUUUCAAGAAUUAUGGACAGAUUUAAUUUGCCCCGUCGAAGUACUGAUUUCACAAGCAGGGACUAUUAUAUUAAUAUAAGAAAAGCAUUGGUUACUGGGUAUUUUAUGCAGGUGGCACAUUUAGAACGAACAGGGCAUUACUUAACUGUGAAAGAUAACCAGGUGGUCCAGUUGCAUCCCUCUACUGUGCUUGAUCACAAGCCCGAAUGGGUGCUUUACAAUGAGUUUGUGCUGACAACAAAGAAUUACAUCCGGACAUGUACAGACAUCAAGCCAGAAUGGUUGGUGAAAAUUGCCCCUCAAUAUUAUGACAUGAGCAAUUUCCCACAGUGUGAAGCAAAGAGACAGUUGGACCGCAUUAUUGCCAAACUUCAGUCCAAGGAAUAUUCACAGUACUGAAUUCAAUGCUUAGAACUGAAGUUAUUCAGAGGACAGCUUUAAAAGAUGAAUGAAGUUCAAGUUGUGCUCUUCAUGGUGGUUCAAUAAUGGCCUUUAUUUGAAAGCUUUUUAAUUUUUUCUUUACAGUAAAUAUUCCAUUCUGAUUUCAUAAAUUAAACAUUUAUGCCUCCCUUUUGUGUUGACACUGUAGCUCAUACUGGAAAAGUCGAUCAAUGUUUUGCAGUUUAUUGAAAGUAGUUCUAUAUAUAACAAUGUUACAAGCAUUUCUUUAGAAAUGGUUGAAAAUGCUUCUAAAAUGUGAUUAUCGACCAUGGUAUGCAUGAUCGUUGUAAUUGUUGACAUUCCUUUUAGAAGUUGUGAAAUGUUACAACUUGUGCUUAUGUAGACACAAUCUUCUGUCUCCGUACAGAGGCACUGACUUCAAUAAAGUCUAUUUAUACUAAUCUUGGCCAAGUUCUUUGAUAUCUUUUAUUCUAGUCUAGCAGCUGCUUUUCCCAAGGGUUGGGUUUUUUUUUCUCAUUGUAAUCAUAUUGUUACUACAUAUUUAGCAUUUUUUAAAAGGCGUGCUCCUUUGGUACAGUAGUCAUUAAAGCCAAGUUUUAAACAGCAUAAUGUAGCGUUUUGUCAGGUUAAUCAGUAUGUGAUCUAAUGGGAUAAAGUGUGUAAUAUUUUUUGAAAUUGGAUCCCCAGAGACAGAAUAAUGGAAGAAUGGCUUUCUCCUCAUUCUUAAAGUUCAUUUCAUAAGGCUAAUAAUUUAUUACUUUGUUAAGUGCAUUUUUGUCAGAUCUCACUGUACUCAGACGAACAGUUUAAGUACUCCAGACUCUAGCAUAUGUUUAUUUGUACUGGGUAGGAGGGAACAGUGCUGUGGAUCACCAUUAGUUUACUAAAUAUUGGAUGUUGGAAGCUUUUUCUAGUGUAAUAUGUAUAGUAUGUUAUAGUAAAAAUUCGACCUUCCUAUUAACAGGCAGUAGACAAACUAAAAUCAUUUUGAAAUCAAAAUGAUAUGCUU